CACCCUGCUGCAGGGCAGCCAGCUCUACACUGUCAUCGAUGCGGUGCCAGUGCGGCGCUGGAAGGAGUUCAUGCGGGUGCUGGAGCUGCGGGAGGCGGAGAUCGAGUUGGUGGAGCUGGAGGUGGCCCACAUCCGUGACCAGCAGUAUGAGAUGCUGAAGCGCUGGUGCCAGCAGACCAGUGCCACGCUCGACCGCAUCUUUGCUGCCCUGGAGCGCAUGGAGCUGUCCGGCUGCGCCGAGGCGCUGCGCCGGAGCCUGCUGGCAGGCCCCUAG